UGUGUGUUCCACCAGCAGUCUGAAAGUGUGAAGGAUGUUUGUUCCUCUGGGGGCCCUGCCCCCCACCAUGGCCCCUCUGCACUUGAUCAGCCCUGCUGGAGAGAGCUACUUAGAGCAAGACCUACUGCAACAGAAACUCAACUCUCACCUCCUGGCAUCGCAGAGUGCAAAGCGAGAAGGCCACACCCUUGCCACGUCCUUCCUGGAUACACACUUCAUGGCUCCACCCACCUUCCAACGCACAGAAAUCUACCGACACACACACCAACGCCAGCAUCAGCACCAACACAAACACCGACACACCUUCAGGUCUUUCACCCCAGCAAUGCUGCCCCCCACUACCCUGCCUCUGAAACCAGGGAAAUGGGGUUCCAUGCAUGUGACCAUCGCCUGGAAGGUCUACAACCAUCAGCAGAAAGUAAAGCACAUGUCACCUGAGUCACAUGAACUGGACUGUGGGCUACAGCAGGGGCAGAGGCCAUUCCCCCUCAGACCUGUUGCUCUUAGGGCACCCCUGCAGCCUCGUGACCUGCCCUGCUCCUCCUCACUCCUCCUCAAUGCAGCUGCAGAUUACUGA